AUGCUGAGGAAUCAUGAUGAGAUCCCACACUCAGCACUCGCCAGUUUCGCGAGGCCGCAUACCAUCAUCGGAACGAUCGUCAGCGUCUGCUCGGUUACCACGAUGGCCUGGCACUUUGGAGGCGUCUUGGAUUUGUGUUCUGUUGCCGUGGUGUCCGCACAGACCGUGCAGACGGUGCUAGCGUCGGUGCUGAUGAACGUCGCCAUCGUAGGUAUCAAUCAGCUGUACGACAAAAAGUUGGACAGGGUGAACAAACCGUACCUUCCGUUGGCGAGCGGAGCGUUCACAUCAGACACCGCGCUCACGGUCGUCGCACUAUGCACGACCUCGAGCCUCGUGCUCGGGAUGAUGAGCGGAUCGUCCGCGCUAUUGUGGGCGCUCGUACUCAGUCUAAUACUCGGCAUCGUGUACUCAGUGGACUACCCCGGUCUUCGAUGGAAGCGCUCGCCUUUACUUGCCGCAGGGUGCAUUUUGAUAGUGCGCGCGUUCAUCGUUCAGCUGGGGUUCUUCGCUCAUGCCCUCGGGACAGGUCUACUCGGCUUUCAAGCCCCGUUUACGCUCAUGUUCGCGAUGUCUUUCAUCACCGUCUACGCGAUCGUCAUCGCGCUCAUGAAGGAUUUGCCCGACAUCGCGGGCGAUAAACAGCACGACAUUCGCACGUUAAGCGUGCGAUGGGGUGCUAACACCAUGUUCAACGUCUGUGUAGCACUUUUGUCGAUCGGCUACGUCAGCGCUGCUGUUCUCUCGUUCGUGUAUAAUUCUACGCUGAUUUCACAGAUUGUCGGAAUAUGUCACUGUGCGGUUCUUUCGGUGCUCGUAUUCUCCGCGAGCCGCGUCGAUACUUCGUCCAGCGCCUCGCUCUACAGCUUCUAUAUGAGGACAUGGAAAGCGUUUUAUUUCGAGUAUCUUUUGCUUCCGUUCAUUUGUCUCUAG